UUGUGUUUUGACAGUUCUUCCACCAAGUAUAGUAGGUAUUUUUGAACUCGCGGUUUUUGACCUUACGAUACGAACUUUAUCAUUUUACUAUCAACUUCGCAAUAAUAACAACUUAGUUUUGCCACCAGUUAACAGUCUUUUCUUUAGAGUAUAUAUUUUCAUUCAUAGAAAAUGUCUAGUGUCAUAACUGUUAGUACAAAUCCCUAUGAAGGUCAGAAACCGGGCACCAGUGGUUUACGUAAAAAAGUUCGAGUUUUCCUUCAAGAAAAUUAUACGGAAAACUUUAUCCAGAGCAUCUUGGACGCUAAUAAAAAGGCUAUAGUUGGCUCUACGCUCGUUGUUGGGGGUGAUGGAAGGUAUCUGGUGAAGGAAGUUGUGGAUAAAAUAAUUAAGAUCUCCGCCGGUAAUGGGGUAGCCAAACUAUUGGUUGGCCAAAAUGGAAUCCUGUCCACUCCAGCCGUGUCACAUAUCAUCAGGAAAUACCAAACAUUGGGUGGCAUAGUACUAACAGCAUCACACAACCCGGGCGGUAUCAACAAUGACUUUGGUAUCAAGUUCAACUGCAGCAACGGAGGCCCGGCGCCCGACGGCACCACCAACGACAUAUACCAACUGACCACCGCCAUCAAGGAAUACAAGAUUGUGCCCGACAUCAAGUGUAAUAUCGAUGAGAUUGGAGUCUCUAGAUUCAAGGUGGAAGACCGCGAAUUUGUGGUGGAAGUGAUAGAUUCAGUGAAGGACUAUGUGGAAUACAUGAAGUCCAUAUUCGACUUCCCCAAGAUCAAAACUCUCCUGCAAGGAUCAGAACAGAGGAAACCAUUCAAAGUUCUCAUCGACUCUAUGAGUGGAGUGACGGGCCCGUACGUCAAACGCAUAUUCAUUGACGAACUCAACGCGUCAGAGGGUAGCGUACGUCGGGUUAUACCGUUGGAAGACUUUGGGGGAGCGCAUCCCGACCCUAACCUGACGUAUGCAGCUGACCUGGUGAAUGAGGUGAAGAAUGGGGACUUUGACUUUGGAGCUGCAUUUGAUGGAGAUGGUGAUCGUAACAUGAUAAUCGGUCGAGGUGCCUUCUUCGUGACCCCCUCGGACUCCCUCGCGGUGCUGGCCAGCCAGCUGCAGCACAUCCCGUACUUCCAGAGGACCGGGGUCAAGGGCUUCGCGCGGAGUAUGCCCACCGCCGCGGCCGUGGACAGGGUGGCUGAAGCGCUGGGCAAGGAGAUGUUCCAGGUGCCCACUGGCUGGAAAUACUUUGGCAACCUCAUGGACGCUGGUCGUCUAUCUCUUUGUGGAGAAGAGAGCUUUGGCACUGGCUCGGACCAUGUGAGAGAGAAAGACGGGCUCUGGGCCGCUCUGGCCUGGCUCUCAGUACUGGCAGCUACUGGCAAGUCUGUUGAAGAGAUGCUAGUGGCUCACUGGCAGCAAUAUGGCAGGAAUUACUUUACGAGGUAUGACUACGAAGAAUGCCCAAGCGAUCCCUGCAACGAAAUGAUGCAAGAAUUAGAGAAGAAAAUGACAUCCGCUGGCUUCGUGGGAUCUCAACACAGCGCUUCGGGCAAGACUUACACCGUAGCGUUAGCCGACAACUUCUCUUACAUGGAUCCCGUCGACAGAAGCGUGGCUAUGAAACAGGGUCUGCGCAUAGUUUUCGAAGACGGCUCACGGAUAGUGGUACGACUGAGCGGGACGGGAAGUUCGGGAGCCACAGUGCGACUGUACAUAGACUCGUACGAGGCUACGGACGUGCUGGGCGACGCGCAGCUGAUGUUGCGGCCGCUCAUACAAGUGGCGUUGGACAUUUCCAAACUGCAGCACUAUACCGGCCGCGACGCGCCCACUGUCAUCACAUAAACGUCAGCUGUGCUAUACACUAAAGCCUUAUUUAAACGAGAACUUUUUAACCUCCUUUAAAAAAGCGUCCAAAUAGAACAAAUGUAUUCCCAAGUAUAAUGUUAAAACGUCGUUUUUUUACGUGUGAACAGAUACUUGGGAAUACAUAUCCAUAC